AGCACUCCACACUCCUGGGCUGGAUGUGUGAAGCUUGACAGUGAGUGAUGACUAUAGCAGAGGCAGCUGAGGCUUAGCUCAGUUGCACACAGGGGGAAAGAGGGAAAAAAGGUUCAAAUUGUAUAUCUGGGCUUUGGUAGCAGGUGCAGUCUCUUUAUUGAAAGGAAUGUUGCCUGAGAGGAUGAAAACAGUUUGAACAUUUCCGGCGUGGAUUUAUUCCUCCUCUUUUGUGUGUUCCAGCCUUUAUUUUUAGAACCUGAAGACAUGGGAUACACCUGGCAUUUAAUGGACUUUUACCUCUACUAACACUAGAUCUGACCCUAAACACGCAUGUUUAGUUGUUGAGGAACUUCCUCCUCUUUUUAGUUAUCUUUUCACAUCUCCUGCCUAUUCUGAGGCAGGAUAAACCAAGAGCCAGAGCAAAACAGGCAGAACCGUCGGACCCCAGCCUGCGUGCUCAGGCUUCACCCAAGGGACCGUGUGUGCGUGUGUGUGAUAGAGAGGGAGAGAGGGGGACUGGAUGUCAGGAUUAUCUCUUCAGCGGCUGUAACUUGCCCCGGGCAAGCACCAAGUGAAAGAGAAGGAGACGAGGAGGCGGUCGGAGCCGACUGCUGGCUCCUUUCCACCAGUUUCCCACCGAGGACUGCGAGAGUUCUGACACCUUCACUCCCUGGUAGGAUACAACGACAACAAACAAACCGGAGAGACACGACGGGACCACCCUUCACAGUCUGGGUCAGAGGUGACUGGCAGAAGAAUGCUGAUUCCAGGCGUCCACCAGGAAGAUGGCGACGCGUGGUGCGAGUGCCGCAGCUGUUAGAUGGUUGCCCUUGAUGCUCCUAUGGCAGUGGACAGCGCUGGGUCCCCUCGCCUGGGCCCUGGCCCUAGCUGAGGGGCAGAGUAAGAGUCCUGCCUUCGCCCCCGCCUCCCCCAUAGCGACCGGGAGCGGAGGGCGCCAGGCCGGACAACUGGACUGGCUGCUUUCCGAAAAGGGGCCAUUUCACCGCUGCCCCGAGUACACCGAGUUCAAGGAGCGCUUCCAGCAAGGCUUCUCCACACGAUACAAGAUCUACAGGGAGUUCAGCCACUGGAAGGUGAAUAGCUUGGCAACCGAGAAACGAGACUUCUUCAAGGCCCCGCUUCCCCUGGCGCCUGAGUUCUUGCGAAACCUAAGGCUCCUUGGACGAAGGCCAAGUCUUCAGCAGAUCAAUGAGAACCUGAUCAAGAAAUAUGGGACCCACUUCCUGGUCUCUGCUACACUGGGAGGUGAGGAAUCCCUGACCAUCUUCUUGGACAAACAGAAACUGACGAAGAAGUCAGAGGGAAACGGGAACAGCUCUGUAGUCUCCCUGGAGAUCCUCCACCAGUUGGCCGCCUCUUAUUUCACUGACCGAGAGAGCACCCUAAGAAGGUUGCACCACCUCCAGAUAGCCACAGCUGCCAUCAAGGUAACAGAAACAAGGACUGGGCCCCUUGGAUGCAGUAACUAUGACAGCCUUGAUUCUGUUAGCUCCGUCUUGGUCCACAGCCCUGAAAAUAAAAUCCAUCUCAAAGGUUUACAGGAUGUCCUACCAGAGUUCUUGCGUAACCGUUUUGUGGAGGCUGCGCUCAGCUACGUGGCCUGCAACUCGGAGGGGGAGCUCCUGUGUCGCAACAACGACUGCUGGUGUCACUGCUCAGCCAAGUUCCCAGACUGCAACUGUCCCUUUGCCGACAUCAAGGUCAACGAGGACAACCUGCGCAAGAUCAAGGAGGCAUGGAACACCUUCAACAAUGACUUUAUGGAAUCAGAUGAAUUCAAGGCCUUUUUGAAAAGACUGCCGACUGAGCACUUUUUAAACACAUCCAUGAUUUUCAAGUUCUGGGCUGCAGACUCUGCUCUGCAGAAACGCCACAGCCAGUUGGAGGCCAGCACCAGUUUCAUCCUCGGAAAAGCCCAGAAGAUUGUCCGGAAACUCUUCACCUUGAGCAAACGCUGUCCCAAACAGCCGAGGGUCAGUCUCCCCCGAGAAAGGACCCCAAGGUUUUGGCUGAACCUGGCCCAGUCUCUUCUCUACUGUAAUGAACAUGGAGUGCUGGGGACCUUCACAGAGGAGGUACUGAGCUGCAACUGCCCAGCAGACCAUGCGGCCUGCCAGGGGACGGUGCCUUGUAUGGUGGGCGAGGGGACUCUCUGCUCCUCCUGUGCCCCAGACAACAUCACCCGGUGUGGGGCCUGCCACCUGGGCAACAUCCUUCAUCUGGGUUCCUGCCGGCCAAACAUCGCCAAUUCUCUGGACCACUACCUGAACUUUGACUUUGACAUGCCAGACGCAGAGGUCAAGUACCUGCUGAGCCGUCUGGACAGCCGCAUGGAGGUGCACGCCAUCUACAUCAGCAACGACGUGCGCCUGGGAAGCUGGUUCAACCCGGCGUGGAGGAAACGCAUGCUCCUCACCCUGAAGAGCAACAAAAACAAGUCCAACCUCAUCCACAUGCUGAUGGGAAUCUCUUUCCAGGUGUGCUCCACCAGGAACAGCACUCUAGAGCCCGUGCCUGCCAUCUACGUCAACCCCUUCGGGGGCAGCCACUCUGAGAGCUGGUUCAUGCCCGUCAACCAGCAAGACUUCCCCGACUGGGAAAGAACUAAACUGGACGGUUCGGUUCAGUGUUACAACUGGACGCUGAUGCUUGGCAACAAGUGGAAGUCCUUCUUCGAGACGGUGCAUAUCUACCUGCGGAGCCGCGUCCUGACGGACGACCCCGCCGUCAACGAGACUCUGUUUUACGAGCCGCUGGACCUGGACGACAACACGUCAAACUUGGGCUACAUGAAGAUCAACACCCUCAAGGUGUUCGGGUACAGCCUGAAUUUCGACCCAGAGGGAAUCAAAGACCUGAUCCUGCAGUUGGACUACCCCUACACCCAGGGCACGCAGGACGCAGCCUAUCUUAUGCUGUUGGAGAUGAGGGACCGCAUCAAUCGCCUGGCCCCUCCCGCCCCCCAGCCCCUGGACCUCUUCUCAUGUCUGUUGCGCCACAGGCUCAAGCUGUCCACCAGCGAGGUGGUGCGCAUCAGAGAAUCCCUCCAGACUUUCAACUCCAAGCUGCCCAACUCCUCGGAGCUGGAGCUGGGCCAGUUGUGCAGCUAGCUCGGCCUCCACUUGGGAUUCGUGAGGAUGUCAAAACAGUAUGGUAAGCUGCUGGAGUCGCUGCCCCUUCAGCCGUCAGCCAUAUCUGUCUCCAUCACAUGCUUUUUGAGAGCAUGUACUGUACAUAUUCUGGAGUUGGACUCAACGUCUCUAAUUGUCGGGCCUUUUGAGUGUUCUGGCCCUCGUGUUGACAUAGGACUCAGUGAGACUAUGCCACAUUCAGAUGUUUUUUUUUAUAUAUAAAACUGAUGUGUUUUCAAAGAGAUUUAAGGUAAAGGAUUUCCCUUUUUGUAACCCAUUUUUGUUUGGCUACAGAUUGACUUGAUUUGAAAGGUAAAGCAUUAUGUACUGAACAGGUUGUUUAUGCUUAGCGGUUUAACUUUGAUAAUCAUCCAGGAAUUGCAGUCUUUGAGUAUUUCAUUUUUUAAUCCUUGCCUUUCCAUUUUAUCUGGUGUUUAAAAUCCUAUAAGAUAUGAAUCUGUGCUAAACAUUCAGUUGAGAAAUAAGUGACAAACUGUAUUCAGCAUUAUAAGCAUACCAAAAGAAGUUGAGUAUUGCAGCAAACUGAAAUGCAAAAUGUCUUAUAUGUUGAGUUAUCUUUUGAGCUGACAACAAAAUGAAUUAUUUUGACAUGUUGACAAAAGGUCUGUGGAUAGCUCUGUAAAUAUUGCUCCAUCUGAAUCUAGAUGUGAAAAGUGCACAUUGCUUUUUAGAUAAGAACAAAGACCAAAAAAAUGUUUAUAACAAAAUGAAAUCAUGCCUUAUACAGAGUCAAUGUUCAGAUGAAAAGCACAUAUGGUUCAUUUCAUGUGGUUGUUUAUCAUUUGAAAACAUCAGAAUACAACAUUUGAACAAAAUGUUUUGAAAUAAGCCUCGCCAUAUUUGCAUUCUUAACACAUUGUGGUUGAAGCUUGCC